AUGAUAAGAUGGGUCUACGAGCCAGGGGACUCCUGGGACCACCAGACGCUGGAAGAGACAAGCACCAGCACUUUGCAAGGGAAGCUCAGGGAUGAGGUAACUUGCCUCCCACGGUUCAAGACAGUGGGCUUUGAACUCAGGUCUCUCGGACACAGUGCUCUGAACCACUGUGUGCUGAGGAUGGGUCACGGCCUCACGGUCGUGGUGUGGGGAGGUGCAGAGCCGCUGGUGUUUGUGGCACAAGGGCAGUCAGAGGAAGCCACGUGCAGAGCACAGAGCAGGAGCGGGGCCGGCGCUGCGGCACUAACUCUCGCGCUGCCCUUGCAGGCCGCCCAGAGGGGAGUGGAGGCUCCUGCUCUCGAGCCCGAGGUCCUGUCGGUGUUCGUGCCUCCGUUCGUCAGCAAGGAGGACAGUCCAGUGACCACUGCCAAUUGUGCUCCUCUGAGCACAGGCAGACGGCGCUCCUACAGGAAGAAGAGGGAGAGACCCAAGCCGGAGCCCUACACGAGCCCCCCAGGGGACCCGAAGGUGCUGGAGCUUGAGGACGUCAGUGUCCCCAACGACGUGGACCUGCUUGCCCUGCCCCAGCUCUGCUUCCCAGGAGGUGUGUGUAUGGCCUCGGAGCCCAAGGAGGACUAUGUCCACUUCCUGGUCCUGACGGACGUGUGUGGAAACAGAACGUAUGGCGUGGUUGCCCAGUACUACCGCCCACUGCAUGAUGAAUACUGCUUCUACAACGGCAAGGCGCACUGGGAGUCGUCUCGGCAGACAUAUGGCUGUUUAUUGACUCACCUGAAGCUCUGUAAAGAUUUUGAAGUUGAUGAUCAUAUAAAAGAAUUUGCUGCAAAACUGUCUUUUAUACCCAGCCCACCACCGGGACCGCUGCACUUGGUGUUUCACAUGAAGCCACUGCACAUCGUGUUCCCUUCACGAGUGGAUCCUGAGAGCCCAGUCAUCGACUUGGACCUUCACCUGCCCUUACUGUGCUUCACACCUGAAAAGGUGUUACAGGUCCUCACGUGCAUGCUUACCGAGCAGCGGAUGGUGUUCUUUUCCUCCGACUGGGCCCUGCUGACGCUUGUGGCGGAGUGCUUCCUGGUCUACCUGCACCCUCUGCAGUGGCAGCACACCUUCGUGCCCAUCCUGUCGGGCCAGAUGCUGGACUUCGUCAUGGCGCCCACCUCCUUCCUCAUGGGCUGCCACCUGGACCACUUUGAAGAAGUCAGCAAGGAAGCCGACGGUUUGAUUCUGAUAAAUAUUGACAGUGGAAGCAUCACCUGCUCUAAGGCCUUGGGUGACGAUGUGGACAUUCCUGACAUUCCUCUGCUUGCGGCCCAGAUGUUCAUUCAGAGGCUGCAGAGCCUUCAGUUACACCAGGAGCUGGGCCUCGCGCAUUGCAGCUCCAGCACAGACCUGAACCAGGGCCGGGGCCGCCGGCGCGUCUGGCAGCAGAAGCUCAACGCCCAGAUCCAGCAGGCCUCUCUGCAGCUGCUCGUCGACACCUUCAGGGAAGUGAGGAAUCACUUAAACUACGAACACAGAGUAUUUAAUAGUGAAGAAUUCCUCAAAACGAGGGCUCCCGGCGAUCAGCAGUUCUAUAAGCAGGUUUUAGACACCUACAUGUUCCACUCUUUCCUGAAGGCUCGGCUCAGCAGGAGGAUGGACGCCUUUACGCAAAUGGAGCUCAGCAUGCAGUCAGAGGAGGACAGGAGAGACGGGGUGCUGGUGAGCCCCAGGAGGCCAACCGUCGAGAAGAUGGCUCUGCGCAAGCCCUCACCCCUGCGCGCCGCUCACCGGCGCAUGGUGGUCAGCAUGCCCAACCUGCAGGAGAUCACGGUUCCGGAACUGCCUCCCAGGAACUCCUCGCUUCGGACCGCCCCGCCCACCAGCUGCAGCAGCAGCGGGAAAGUUCUGAAUGUGGCCCCUAAGUCAACCUACACGUUCAAGAUUCCAGAAAUCCACUUUCCCCUGAUGGCUCAGUGUGUCCACACCUACUACACGGACUUCGUUGACCUGCUGAGUAAAGCCAUGGGCCUCCUGGGCCCGGACGACUCGGUGCUCCUGGCCCGCUACUUCUACCUGCGUGGGCUCGUGCGCCUGAUGCAGGGGCAGCUUCUCGGCGCCCUCCUGGACUUCCAGAGUCUGUACAGGACCGACAUCAGGAUCUUCCCCACUGACCUCGUGAGGAGGGCGGUGGCGUCCAUGUCUGCCGCCGAGCGCGCCCAGACCGAGCAGACCCCCGAGCUGAAGAGGCUCAUCCACGAGGUCAUGGAUAAGCCCGGGGAGGUGGCCAAGGCUGACGACCGCGUGAAGAACUUUGAGCUGCCCAAGAAGCACAUGCAGCUGGAAGACUUUGUGCAGGCGGUUCAGGAGUCGGGCAUCGUGAGGGACACCAGCACCAUCCACCGUCUGUUUGAGGCGCUGACCGUGGGGCACCAGAAGCAAAUCGACCCGCAGACGUUCCGAGACUUCUACAAGUGUUGGAAGGAGACGGAGGCCGAGGCGCAGGGGGUCAGCCUGCCCUUGGCGGUGAUGGAACACCUGGACAAGAGCGAGUGUGUCUACAAGCUGUCGGGCUCGGUCAAGACGAACCGCGGCGUGGGCAGGAUCGCCAUGACCCAGAAACGCCUGUUCCUGCUCACGGAAGGCAGACCUGGCUAUGUGGCCAUCUCCACCUUCAGGAACAUAGAGGAAGUUAGGAGUACCACGGUGGCCUUCCUGCUCCUGCGAAUACCCACCUUAAAAAUUAAAAUGGUGUCCAAGAAGGAAGUCUUUGAAGCCAACCUCAAAGCCGAGUGCGACCUCUGGCACCUGAUGGUGAAGGAGAUGCGGGCCGGGAAGAAGCUGGCGGAUGACCACAAGGACCCUCAGUACAUCCAGCAGGCCCUGACCCACGUAUUGCUGAUGGACGCCGUGGUGGGCACGCUGCAGUCCUCCAACGCCAUCUACGCUGCCUCCAAGCUGUCUUACUUGGACAAGAUGAGGAACGAAAUGCCCAUGGCGGUUCCACUGACAACCUCCGAGACCCUGAAACACAAAAUCAACCCUUCAGCCGGAGAGACCUUCCCACAAGCCGUUGACGUCCUGUUGUACACGCCAGGGCAUCUGGACCCAGCAGAGAAAGUGGCAGAUGCUCGCCCCAAAUUAUGGUGUGCUUUACGCGAGGCCAAGGUGACCGUGUUCGACGCCUCCUCGUGGACCAUUCACCAGCACUGCUUCCGCGUGGGUGCUUCGAAACUGAACUGCAUGGUGAUGGCCGAGCAGAGCCAGGUGUGGAUUGGCUCCGAGGACUCCGUCAUCUACAUCAUCAACGCCCACAGCAUGUCCUGCAACAAGCAGCUGACAGACCACCGCGCCAGUGUCGUGGACCUCAUGGCACAGGACGGAGGCAAGGCUCCCAGUGUGGUGUACUCGUGUAGCCAGGACGGGACGGUGUUGGCGUGGGACGUGAGCACGCUGCGUAUCACCAGCAGAUUCCAGCUGCCGGGCCGAACCCUGACGUCCGCCAGACUCCACCGAGGCCGCCUGUGGUGCUGUACAGGUGACAGCAUCGUGGUGGUGACGACCGCUGGGCUUCCUUGUCAAGAACUGAAAAUCGAAGAGAGUUUGCAGGGUAUGAGCACCUCCAUCCUGGGCUUCCAGCUGGUCCCUGAGCGGGAGCAGCUGUGGGCUGCUCCUGCGGGGUACAGUGUGGUGUACAUCUGGAGCCUGCAGGACCUCGCCCAGCCUCCCCAGAGGAUUCCCCUGCCGGACUGCGUUGAGAUCAGCUGCAUGAUCAGGGUCAAAAGGCAGAUCUGGGUGGGGGGCAGGGGGCUGUCGCAGGGACAACCCAAAGGGGAAAUCUACGUGAUUGAUGCUGAGCGGGAGACCGUGGACAAGGAGCUGGUGGCCCACACGGACACAGUGACAACGCUCUGUUCGGCUGAAGACCGCUACGUGCUGAGCGGCUCCGGCAGGGAGGACGGCAGGAUCGCCAUCUGGAAAGUCGAGUGA